UACCGCGAGAGAAUCGAUACACACGCCAGGUCGAUUCGAUUCCAGGAGGUUGCGUGUCAAAAUCUUGGCCGGCAGGAGCUUCGGACGUCCUUGGUCCCGCCGCGGCAAUGGCGAAAGCGCCGCGCGUGUCGUUGCUGCUGCCCACGUACAACGAGCGAGAGAACCUGCCCAUCGUGUUGUGGCUCAUAGACCAGAGCCUCACCCAGAGUGGCCUUGCCUACGAGGUGAUCGUCAUCGACGAUGGAAGUCCGGACGGAACAUUGAAGGUGGCGCGGCAGCUCCAGGACAUCUACGGAGCCCACAAAAUUGUGUUGAAGCCAAGAGAACGGAAGCUGGGAUUGGGCACUGCGUAUAUACAUGGCAUGAAGUACGCCAAGGGAGAGUUCAUCGUCAUUAUGGAUGCCGACCUGUCGCACCACCCAAAGUUCAUCCCCGAGUUCUUAAGGAAACAGAAGGAAGGGAAUUACGACAUCGUGUCUGGAACUCGUUACCUGGAAGGGGGAGGAGUUCACGGCUGGGACCUCCAGAGAAAAGUCGUGAGCCGGGGCGCCAACUUCUUGGCUCAGCUGCUGCUCAAUCCCGGAGCGUCGGACCUGACGGGAAGCUUUAGGCUGUACCGCAAGGAGGCGCUGCAGAGGCUGAUGGACGUGUGCGUGUCCAAGGGCUACGUGUUCCAGAUGGAGAUGAUCGUCCGCGCUCGCCAACUCGGCCUCUCCGUUGGAGAGGUGCCCAUCACGUUCGUGGACCGGCUGUACGGGGAGUCGAAGCUGGGAGGCAACGAGAUCGUGUCGUACCUGCAGGGCCUCUACACGCUCUUCAGCACUGUGUGACCCAGCCCCACGUGACCCAGCCCCACGUGACCCAGCCCCAUGUGACCCAGCCUCAGGCUGUCAGGGGAGGGCGACCCAAGUACAAAGCCACUGGACCCAUGCACUUUUUAAUCAUCUAGAUUGAAAACUAGAUUUGACUAAGUACGGUGCGACAGAAGUUAAACAUACGUACAAUGAAGUUACAACACUUGAGUCUGUCCUAGGCCCAUUUCUCGUUAAACACUGAAAGUAAAAAUUCGUACAAGGCACGGUGACAAUGCAAAGCCUCUUAUUGGCGAGAAGCUUUGUUAGAAGUUAUUUUUCUACAAUUGUACUUGUGACUACGGCAUUGGCCAUUUAUCGGUACGCUGUAAAAAAAAAAAUAGGGAGACAUUUCACGUAAUGUACGUAUGUGCGUCGAACUUCUUUUGCAUCGUACGUAGCGCUAAUCGGACGUGCGGGGGAAGGACAAACAAACUAAACACAAAAAUGAAGUUCUAAAGAAAUUAGUUUGUCAAUCGAGAUGAUUUAAAAGUGAAUAGCUCCGGCAGCUUCCUAAUAUUGGAAGAGCAUUCCAGACGGCCGCAGAAGCGCAUCUUUAAGCGCGCGAUGCGGUAACGGUCUUUUGUCCGGUGGCCGAGCCGAAAUAAUAAACCCGUUCUCUAUUGCCAUG